AUGGAGCCAGCCAUUGUCCCAGCAGCUGAGUGGGGAAGUGGGAAUUCUGGAACUGGAGAUCAGUGUCCCACCAAGAAACUGUGCUCUGUGGAGACCUGUGGGGUCCUCAGAGAACUCACAUCAUGCCACUCUGCUCCAACCUGGGAGACAGAGAAAGACUCCGUCUUAAAAAAAAAAAAAGAAAAAUUGGCGUCGACUGCCCAGAGUCCACGGCCGGGACGCAGGGGGUGCCAAGCCACCACGGCCUACCACAGCUUCCUGGUGGAGCCCAUCAGCUGCCACAACUGGAACAAGGACUGUACCCAGAUUGCCAUUUGCCCCAACAACCAUGAGGUGCACAUCUACGAGAAGAGUGGUGCCAAAUGGUCCAAGGUGCACAAGCUCAAGGAGUACAAUGGGCAGGUGACGAGCAUCGACUGGGCUCCUGAGAGUAACCGAAUUGUGACCAGUGGCACAGACCGCAAGGCCUACGUGUGGACACUGAAGGGCUGCACAUGGAAGCCCACACUGAUCAUCCUGCGGAUCAACCGGGCCCGCAAUGAGAACAAGUUCGCUGUGGGCAGCGGCUCCCGUGUCAUCUCCAUCUGUUAUUUCCAGCAGGAGAAUGACUGGUGGGUUUGCAAGCACACCGAGAAGCCCAUCCGCUCCACCGUCCUCAGCCUGGCCUGGCACCCCAACAAUGUGCUGCUGGCUGCCGGCUCCUGCGACUUCAAGUGCCGGAUCUUUUCAGCCUACAUCAAGGAGGUGGAGGAGCGGCCGGCACCCACCCCAUGGGGCUCUAAGAUGCCCUUUGGGGAGCUGAUGUUUGAGUCCAGCAGUAGCCGCGGCUGGGUACAUGGCAUCUGCUUCUCAGCCAGCGGGAGCCGCGUGGCCUGGGUGCGCCUGGCUGACGCCGAGAGGAAGAUGGCCGUCGCGACCCUGGCCUCUGAAACACUGCUGCUGCUGGCGCUGACCUUCAUCACAGACAACAGCCUGGUGGCAGCGGGCCACGACUGCUUCCCGGUGCUGUUCACCUACAACGCCGCUGUGGGGACGCUGAGCUUCGGCGGGCGGCUGGAAGUGCCCAAGCAGAGCUCGCAGCAUGGCUUGACGGCUCGCGAGCGCUUCCAGAACCUUGACAAGAAGGCGAACUCCGAGGGCGGCAUGGCCGCGGGCUCGGGCCUGGACUCGCUGCACAAGAAUAGCGUCAGCCAGAUCUCGGUGCUCAGCGGGGGCAAGACCAAGUGCUCACAGUUCUGCACCACCGGCAUGGACGGUGGCAUGAGUAUCUGGGAUGUGAAGAGCUUGGAGUCAGCCUUGAAGGACCUCAAGAUCGAAUGACCUGUGCGGAAUGUCUUCAUCCUAGCUGCCGGGGAAGCCGGGCGAGGGGUCAGGGAGGCUACUGGUUGCUUUGCUGAAUGUUUCAGGGGUACUAGUAUGAGUUCCCACAGGGGCUGCUCCCUCAAAACGGGAGGGGACAGAUGGGGAGCUUUUCUUACCUAUUCAGGGAAUAUAUGCCUUUUUCUUAAAGAAAUGCUUUCAUUUACUG